AGUCUAUGAGUCGUUCAGAAACUGAAGAAAGUUUUUCAAGCUGGCAAGCUUUUAAUUUUAAAUACCAGUAAUUGUAUGUAGAGAAUACUUAAGUCAUCACAUUCAAUCAAUCAUCAUACUGACGCACUCCAUAUUGCGAACAUUUAAAGUAGCGUCCUCCAACUACGGCAUCACGGUGGGCGUCUACAGAAGCUGAGGAGGCGUCGGCUAACGAACGCACACCGCUCAUGGACGCACACGUAGCCCCAUCUUCGUCGUCUUCGUCGGCGGCGUCAGCUGGCGCUCAUGGCAGCCUGAGCGGCGCAGCAGAGCGUUUGGAGCGUCCUCCAAGGCGACAACAAGCAAACCAACGCAACAAUUACGGUUCGAAUGGAAAUCAGGAGCAAAUGAACAACGCAGAUCAAGCUGAUGGGGCUGUACUAGCCGUACCCAGUGUUGUCAUCCGUGAAUCGGCAUCUCGGCCUUCAAGACUUAGUGCUGGCGGCGGCGGCGCCGGUGAUGGUGAACCCGGACAACCUGCCGAAGAGGAGCAGGGCCUUAAAUACGGUGCCCAACAUGUUAUCAAGCUAUUUGUGCCAGUUUCGCUAUGCAUGCUGGUCGUUGUGGCCACCAUUAACUCAAUCAGCUUCUACAACAGCACAGAUGUUUAUCUGCUUUACACACCGUUUCAUGAGCUCUCGCCGGAGCCGAGUAUUAAGUUUUGGAAUGCCUUAGGCAACUCCUUAAUACUUAUGAGCGUCGUGGUAGUAAUGACCAUAUUGCUCAUCGUCCUAUAUAAGAAACGCUGCUAUCGCGUCAUACACGGCUGGCUUAUACUCUCCUCGUUUAUGCUCCUAUUUAUUUUCUCUUACUUGUACUUGGAGGAGUUGCUCCGUGCAUACAACAUUCCCAUGGACUAUCCGACGGCUGUGCUGAUUAUGUGGAACUUCGGCGUAGCUGGCAUGAUAGCCAUACAUUGGCAGGGCCCAUUGCGAUUGCAACAGGGCUACCUUAUAUUCGUAGCAGCUCUGAUGGCCCUGGUGUUUAUUAAAUAUCUGCCUGAAUGGACGGCCUGGGCUGUGCUAGCAGCCAUCUCCGUAUGGGAUCUCAUAGCUGUAUUGUCACCACGGGGACCUCUGCGUAUAUUGGUAGAGACUGCACAGGAGCGCAACGAGCAGAUCUUUCCUGCUUUGAUCUAUUCCUCUACGGUCAUUUAUACCUACAUGGGUACACACUAUGCCCCAGAGCAACCCCAAUCACAAUCAGAAUCAGAAUCACAACCUCAAGCCCAACCAUUGUCAACAGCCACAUCAUCGCCAUCAAACAGCAACUCGACUGCUACAACGCGAACCACACACAACUCGUUGGCCUCGCCGGAGCUACCGACAUGCUCAAGCAACUGUCGCCCAGGUACCUCGCGCACAAGUACUUCACGCGUCAAUCAGCGCCAGCAGGACAAUCAGGCGGCUGCUGAAGGUAUGCCACUUGUGACAUUUAAAACAAAUUUGCACGGAAACGAGGAAGCCGCAGGAUUCACACAGGAAUGGUCUUCGAAUCUCAACAAUCGUGUGGCGCGUCGCCAAAUCGAGGUACAAAGCACACAAAGCGGCAAUCCACGUCGAGCCAAUGAAUACCGCACAGUACCUGCGCCCGAGCAGCAACAACCGGAGCCUCAGGAAGAACGUGGCAUAAAGCUUGGUCUAGGCGAUUUCAUCUUCUAUUCCGUGCUGGUUGGUAAAGCAUCCACCUAUGGCGACUGGACCACUACAAUUGCCUGCUUCGUGGCCAUAUUGAUUGGCCUUUGCCUGACCCUGCUGCUAUUGGCCAUUUGGCGCAAGGCCUUGCCCGCUCUGCCUAUUUCUAUAACAUUUGGUCUGAUCUUUUGCUUUGCCACUAACUUCUUGGUUAAGCCUUUUAUGGAGAGACUGUCCGCUAAACAGGUGUUUAUAUAAAAUGACAAUUAGUGGAUAGAUAUAUAUAUAAAUAUGUAUAUUAAAUACUAGUAUUCUCUGUAACCAAAACACCGUUUUACAAUACAAUCUUUAUUUAACAAAGUAUAGUAACAAACA